AUGAAGGAAAUACUCAACACUCUCUUCUUUGUAGCUGCUGCUACAUCCCCUUUAGCAGCUGCCUUUCAGCCAGUGAGAGUGGCAUCAUCAAGACCACUCGGAAAGGCACAGGCAGUCUACUCAAGCGUUCCUUCCGACAUGGACUCAUUGGAAACAACGAUCGUGUCCCAAGAUGUACUCGCACUUGAGCCUCAACAAGACAUGUUCUUCAUGGAUCUAGAGAUGGAACAACCAAGUGCGAAUUCCAAGAAGAUUGUAGGAGUGGCUGCCGCUUCUGCCAUUGUUGGGGGUCUGAUUUUGACACACUCGGAUUGGGCUGCCUACCAAGGUACCGUUCAUACGCUCGAGCAUGCCGCACAAGCGUGGGGGUCACAAGCAUGGAAGUCAUACGAAGCCGUUCUUUCUACCAAUCCUAUUUCCACCAAGGCCGCAACUUCGGCCACUGUCUACUCCAUUGGCGAUUUCAUUGCUCAAAAGACCGAAGGCUGUGAUGAUAAGGAUGGCUUGGAUUUCCUACGAAUUGCUCGAAGUGGACUAGCCGGGGGUAUUGGUCAUGGUCCACUCAGUCAUUUCUGGUACAACUUGUCGGAAGACUUUUUCAAUAAUGUUGCCCACUUGACAGCUUGGUGGAGCUUCCUUCCAAAGAUUGCCGUGGAUCAGACAGUUUGGGGUCCCAUCUGGAACACUUCUUACAUCUUCUUGCUAGGUCUCAUGCGACGAGAGACAGCGGGAAAGAUGUUUGAUGAUGCCAAGUCCAGCACCAUUCCACUCUUCCUUGAUGGUCUCAAGUUGUGGCCACUUGCUCACUGUGUCACCUAUGGCUUGAUUCCAGUUGAGAACCGUCUCUUGUGGGUGGAUCUCGUGGAGAUCUUGUGGGUCUCGAUCUUGGCCACCAAGGCUUCGUCUCUCAACUCCCCAAUAGAGGAACAAAAGGAAAGCGUAGAAAUUUCAUGA